AAGAAAAGGCCAGACGCGUCAUACCUGACAAAGGCCGCAAUAAUUUCCUUCUCUCUUAGGCCCAUCCCAUUUAUGUGACAGUGGCGUUUUUUACGAUUGUUCGGUAUUUUUAAUAUAGAAAUGCAAGUGCUAAAUAGACUGGCAACGCUGCAUGACUGCCGCAUGUUCUAAAUCAGAAUUCGAAGGGAAUCGUCGCGUAACCAUGGAUCUCUUACCAUUGCGAGUCCCUCUUCGAUGUUGCCAAGCUUAGGAAGGAAAGUACGGUAAUAUUAUAAAUAAUUUGCGCUUAUGGAUGCGCAGAAGCAUAACCGACCGAACAUCGGACAUUCAGCAUUUAGUAUUGUUCGUUGUUCAGUAUUUAAAUAGUGUGAUUUAUUGUGUUCGGUGUUAUUUUUAGUUUGUGCCAUAGUUUAUUCUACAGAUAGCACUGUUUUUGAACAUUAGGGGCAAAAUCGUUUUAAAUAAUGUCCAAAAAAGUUGGAAAGCAAGGUCUUAUUAUACGCAGCCAAGGACGAGAAAUCAUAAGCAAUAUUAUUAAUUUCAUGAAAAAAGAGGCAGAUGAAGGAGUUACUAUUCCUUUGAAAAAUUACAGGGAAAGAGUACUAGCUGCUACUGGGGUGUCAAAGUACACUUUUCAGAAGAUAUCAAAAGAAGCUCAAAAAGUUGAGUGGGGAGGGCCAAGCACAUCUUUUCAAUCGCCGAAAAAAAUACGUAACACUAAAAAAAGAAAGCUGGAUCGUACUUCGCCAGAUCAGAUAAAAUCUAUAAGAGAAAUUAUCUACGAUUUUUAUGUACUGGAGAAGAGACUUCCUACGUAAAAGUGUAAGAAAUUGUUUUAAUUAGUAUUAUAAAGUCAUGUACCUACUUAGUUUAAGGUUUACUGUUGUUACUAUUCAAUUUAAAAGAGCAAACGUGCAAUGCUAAAUUAUGAUGAAAUUACAGGUGUUUUGCAGAAAAUUAAUGACCGGCAAAUCUUGACAGAAGCAAUAAGUAUAAGCAGCUUGAAUCGGCUCCUUAAAAAAAUUGGUUUCAGGUAAUAAUGGCUAACAGAAAAUGGAUUACCAGCAGACCCCAAACUAACAAAA